CUAGCAUACACAGCAAGCUAAGCCUCUCAGCUCAUCAGUGCUCCUGAUCCAACUACUCCAGUAUUAGCGCGCUCCGAUCCACUAUUGCUCAUCCCAAUUCCCAGCGACCGCCGGCUAAUUAACAAUGGCUUCUCACAGGGCCCAGAGGAGCAGGACGACCUACGUGCCGGUGUGCCUUGCCCUGCUCCUGCUCGUCAGCCUGCGACCGUCCAGCGCGCGGCUGCUCCGGCCCACGGGCGACGACGGCGCCGCCGCCAUCAAUGUGGCGAGGGAGGUGAAAGACGCCGUCGUCGACAAGUACGCGUCGCUGCUCCUCGCCAUGCUGCCGAGGGCGCCGAUGCCGCCGUCCGGCCCCAGCGGCGGCACGAAUGAUGCGCCCCGGAAUUAGCAUAUUAAUCCAAGCACCGCGGCGGCCGGUGGAAUGCAUGACUAAUGAGUUCACAAGGGCCGCCACAUGGAGGUUUCCCGGCAGGCUAGAUCUAUUUAUUGAAUAGAUGGUUGGAGGUUAUUCGUUAGAGGCUAUACCGUGACUUUCAUGUAUAAAAUACAGCAGAUAGCUAGAUACAUACAUCUAUACUAGCGUAUAUAUAGUAUAUAGGCAUAAAGGUUGUACCUUUAUUCUUUUGUUUGUCCACUUUAUUUUUUAAAUAUUUGAUAAAACAGAUUUAGCAAA